GCCCAAAAAAGAACAACAAAAGUACGAAAUUCCUGAUGGCCAUGGAAAGAGGGUGCUUAAUGGACUACAAAGGAAAGAAUUUAGAUGAAAUUGAAAUUGAUCCCAAUGAAACAAUUCCAGAGGAGAGUGACCAUUCAGAAAGCGAACUGACGGGCGAAGAACUAAGCCCACCUUCUACAUCCUACCUACCUUCAGCUGCUAAGAAACGAACUUCAAAGAAGAAACAGUGCAUGCAAUCAGAGGACGAGUCCGAGGAUCCAGGUUCAGCUGCUAAGAAACGCACUUCAAAGAAGAAACACUGCAUGCAGUCAGAGGACGAGUCCGAGGAUCCAGGUUCAGCUACUAAGAAACGCACAUCAAAGAUGAAGAGCCAAAGUAAAUGUGAUGAAAUGAACUCCGAUGUUCCAGAUGCAGCAUCCAAGACAUCCUGCCGCAAAGAGAAGACCAUGGAGUCAAGAAGAAAUCUGCGCUGUUGA